UAGGGUUUGGUUCCGGGUGCACCCUUCUCUCUCUCUCGCUCUUCCCUUGCUGUGCAGAGAAAACCCUAUAUAUAUAUAUAUCUAUACAUUCUCUGCACGAACAGAGAGAUUCUUGAGCACCCGAGAGGCAAAAUCCAUUUCAGUUUUCGUAUGCAUAUGUAUUCAGCUGGUUUGAGGUUCAAUUAGAAGAAUUCGAGCCGAGUAAGAGGGAAAAAGAGUAAGUGCAGUUGGAGAUUGUUACAGCUAGUUUAAAAGGUGCCAAACUGGAGUGCAGCAGUUGGUGGUAACUGAUAUCAACAUACUUUCUGGUAUUUCUUUUUCGGGCUUCCUAGCUCCUUAAAGAUUAUUAUGACUGAACAGACAAGUAUUCGGCUUAUUACCUACUCGCAAGAGAUUAUAAAUGGAGAGCCGAUCUAUGCUUCCUCGAAUUGCCUUCCAAUCAAAGGUUUCAAAUAUGAACCUGCUGGGCAUUCUUUUCAUUCUGCUGCUCUUAAGCUCCUUGGUUGUUCUGAGGAAGAAGAUGAAGAUGAUGAGCAGAAUGUGCCCAUCGUUAAGGAGCAGACAUAUAUGCCAUCAUCAGAUUCAUAUAGCAGCAAAGGUAAAAAGAAAUCUGGUGCUGAAGGGCAGCAGCAGGAUCACUACGCUUUAUUGGGUUUGAGCCAUUUAAGGUAUCUUGCUACUGAGGAACAGAUAAGGAAGUGCUAUCGUGAGACUGCUUUAAAGCAUCAUCCUGAUAAACAGGCUGCUCUUCUUCUUGCUGAGGAAACAGAAGCUGCAAAACAGGCAAAGAAAGAUGAAAUAGAGAAUAAUUUUAAGGCCAUUCAAGAAGCAUACGAGGUGUUGAUUGAUCCUGUGAGGAGGAGAAUAUAUGACUCCACAGAUGAAUUUGAUGAUGAAAUCCCCACUGACUGUGCUCCACAAGAAUUCUUCAGGGUAUUUGGUCCAGCAUUUACAAGGAAUGGACGAUGGUCAGUUAACCAACCUGUCCCUUCUUUAGGAGAUGAGAGCACUCCACUAAAAGAAGUGGAUAGUUUUUAUAAUUUUUGGUACAGCUUUAAAAGCUGGAGGGAGUUCCCACAUGCAGAUGAGUUUGAUCUUGAGCAAGCUGAAUCCCGUGACCACAAGAGAUGGAUGGAAAGACAGAAUGCUAAGCUAACAGAGAAGGCUAGGAAGGAGGAAUCCAUACGGGUACGUGCUCUUGUUGACAGUGCUUAUAAAAGAGAUCCUAGAAUUCUAAAAAGAAAGGAGAACGAGAAAGCUGAGAAGCAGAGGAAAAAGGAGGCCAAAUAUCUGGCAAAGAAGUUACAGGAAGAAGAGGAAAAACGUGCUGCCGAAGAGGAAAUACAGCGGAAAAAAGAGGAGGAAAAACGAGCUGCUGAAGCUGCUUUACAGCAGAAGAAGGUGAAGGAGAAAGAGAAGAAGCUAUUGCGCAAGGAGCGAACCCGUCUUCGGACACUUUCAGCACCUGUUGUAUCGAAGCAUCUGCUUGAUCUUACUGAGGAUGAUGUGGAAAGUCUUUGCAUGUCAUUUGAAAUCGAGCAGCUGAGGAAUUUAUGCACCAAGAUUGAGGGAAAAGAAGGGCUAGAGCAAGCAAAAUAUCUCCGAGAAGCAUUGGGACGUAAGCUAAACUUCGAGGAGGAGAAACUAGAUGAGAAGAAAAAUCCAAAGCAAAAUGGUUCUGUAGAGGUUAAUGGAAGUGUUCAAUUAAGCAGCUAUGAGAAAAGGGAGAAACCUUGGGCCAGAGAAGAGAUUGAGAUGUUGAGAAAAGGGAUGCAGAAAUAUCCUAAAGGAACCUCACGGAGGUGGGAAGUUAUCUCAGAGUACAUUGGUACGGGAAGGUCGGUUGAAGAGAUUCUGAAGGCGACCAAAACGGUUCUUCUCCAGAAGCCUGAUUCCGCCAAAGCUUUCGACUCAUUCCUUGAGAAGAGAAAGCCGGCAGUGUCCAUCGCAUCUCCUCUUACAACUAGAGAGGAAGUAAAAGGGGUGUCCACGAGUAAUGAGCCUGAAAGCGAUACUGCUGCUAAGGCGGAUGAUGUGAAGGAGUCUUCCAGUCAAAGUGCAAAGAGCCAAAACUCGGAGGAUGCAACCGCAGCUGCUGCAAAUGGGGUUUCUUUGAGUUCAGACCAAGACGUGUGGUCUGCUGUUCAAGAGAAAGCACUGGUUCAAGCUCUAAAAACCUUCCCAAAGGAAACCAGUCAACGUUGGGAACGUGUUGCAACCGCAGUUCCCGGGAAGACUGUUAAUCAGUGCAGGAAGAAGUUUGCAUUGCUGAAGGAGAACUUCAGGAACAAGAAAAGUGCGGUUUAGUUUGUCGCCCUUGCCUCUGCUGGUGCUCAAAGCUGACAAAUGUGAUCAAGAUUGUAUGUCACUCAUGGUUUCGGUUCGGUUCGAUUCGAUUCUUUCUCCUCCUCCAAGACAUAAAAAGGUAAUGCUACACUACACCCCACGGGAGCCUUUUUUUGACCGGUUUGGGCCAUCACUGUUAUUUGUUAGUACGCCAUACUGAUUAUAUAUCUAAUAUUUUUGUAGAGAGGGCAGUAGUGAAUUGAUAAUAUUGGAAGAAAUUCUCAUCAAUUCUCAUCUUUUGCACUCAAUUAUUUUUGUUUUCUCUUAAGUUAAUGUUUUUAUAUUGAAGUAUCUGAAUUAUAUAUGUCUAUCGAGGGAACAGGUACUUUAAAAUUCUGUUUAUUAUCAACUGAGAGUUUAAAGAUGUCUUGGAUUAAUUUA